GUGUAAUGGUUAGGCCCUACUGAUGGGUCUGCAGACAAUCAGAGACAGAGUCUCACUUUGUCACCUUAGGUAGAGUGCCAUGGCGUCACACUGCUCACAGCAACCUCCAUCUCCUGGGCUUAAGCGAUUCUCUUGCCUCAGCCUCCCAAGUAGCUGGGACCACAGGCACCUGCCACAACGCCCGGCUAUUUUUUUGUUGCAAUUUGGCUGGAGCAGGUUUGAACCCGCCACCCUUGGUAUAUGGGGCCGGCGUCCUACCAACUGAGCCACAGGUCCUGACUCAUUAAGAGCAAAAAAAUCACCUGAAGGAGGAGGAAGUUACAAGAUUUGGGUCUCAGUAUUUCUGAGUGGGACGCACUUGAUGGGAGGCAAGCACAGAACUGCAGAGCAGAUCUGGAAUAUAAAAAGAGCAUCACAGUGCCGGCUACUUUCUGAGAACAGGAGAAAAUGAUUCAGGCCCAGGAAUCUCUGACCCUGGACGAUGUGGCUGUGGAGUUCACGUGGGAGGAGUGGCAGCUCCUGGGCCCUGCUCAGAAGGACCUGUACCGGGAUGUAAUGUUGGAGAACUACAGCAACCUGGUGUCAGUGGGGUGUCAAGCCAGCAAGCCAGAGGCACUCUGUAAGUUGGAACAAGGAGAACCACCAUGGACUAGAGAAGAUGAAAUCCACUGUGCAGCCUGUUCAGAAAUUGGGAGAGUUGGUGAUUAUUUACCAGAGCACUUACAAAAUGAAAGCAUCAUAAACAGAGUAGAACCAUGGUGUGGACUUAAUGCAUUUGAAAAUAUCGUUCAUCAGAACAAAACUCAGUUUCUGUUAAGGCAAAAUCCUCAUCUAUUUGACUUAAAUGGAAAAAGUACAAAAUCAAACUCAACUUUAGUUAACCAGAGCAGAAGCUAUGAACUAAAGAGUCCUUCUGAAUUCAUCAAAAAUGGGGGAUCCUAUCUUCAUGACAAGGAAAAAUGUCAUACUGAAAUUAAAUUCCCUGCAAGUCAAAAACUUAUCAGUACUAAGUCCCAAGUCAUCAGUCUCAAGCAUCAGAAAACUCAAAAAAUAGAGAAGCCUCACAUGUGCAGUGAAUGUGGGAAAGCCUUUGUCAAAAAGUCUUGGCUCACCGAUCACCAGAUCAUUCAUACAGGAGAGAAACCCCAUAGAUGUGGUCUCUGUGGGAAAGCCUUCUCCAGAAAGUUUAUGCUCACUGAACAUCAGAGAACGCAUACAGGAGAAAAACCGUAUGAAUGCCCUGAAUGUGGCAAAGCCUUUCUCAAGAAAUCACGGCUUAACAUACAUCAGAAAACACACACAGGAGAAAAACCCUACAUUUGCAGUGACUGUGGAAAGAGCUUCAUCCAAAAAGGAAAUCUCAUUGUACAUCAGCGAAUUCAUACAGGUGAAAAACCUUAUAUAUGCAGUGAAUGUGGGAAAGGCUUCAUUCAGAAGACAUGCCUCAUAGCCCAUCAGAGAUUUCACACAGGAAAGACGCCCUUUGUGUGCAGUGAAUGUGGAAAAUCCUGUUCACAGAAGUCAGGCCUCAUUAAACAUCAAAGAAUUCACACAGGAGAGAAACCUUUUCAAUGCAGUGAAUGUGGGAAAGCCUUUACAACAAAGCAAAAGCUCAUUGUGCAUCAAAGAACUCAUACAGGAGAGAGACCCUAUGGCUGCAAUGAGUGUGGGAAAGCCUUUGCGUACAUGUCUUGUCUCGUUAAGCAUAAGAGAAUACACACAAGGGAAAAACAAGAUUCAGUCAAGGUGGAAAUCCCCCCCACAGAGAGCCACAGCUCUUUACAUACCAGUGAUGUCAUGAAGGAAAAAAACCCUGCUAACAUGGUGACCACACAAGUGCCUUCUGUGGUCCCUCAGACAUCCUUAAACAUCAGUGGCCUCCUAGCAAAUAGGAAUGUAGUUAUUGUGGGACAGCCUGUGGCCAGAUGUGUGCCCUCAGAAGAUAACAAAGGAUUUGAGCAGGAGAGAAACGUUGGGAAUGCAGUAAAUGUGGUUGUACCUCCAGUGAUAAAUUACGUCUUAUUUUAUGUCACAGAAAACACAUAGGAAAAACACUCAGAUAUAAUCUAUGUAGAAAAGGGUUGAGCAGAAAUUUCUAGUUCACUAUAUGGCAGAAAAGUAUAUAUUGAGAGAAAACAAAUAAAUGCAGAGGCUAAGAAGGCCUCAUAAACUCAUCUAAAUAUGUGCUUUAAUACAGAGGCAGAAUCUGAUGUUAACCCCAACAUAUACACAGUAACUGCUCGAUUGUGCCAACUAAAUGAGUGAAGGAAGCCUGAACUCAUUUAAAUGGAGGAAAUAAGUACUCAGAAUUUUUAAAUACAGAUAAGAUAAUUGGUAUCUGGAAUAUUGCUAUGAAUGACAAGCCACAGAAGGGACGGUUAGUAUGGAAUGGGUUAAUAUUUAAUUGGUGGGAUAUAGAGUACAUAUAUGUUAAUUCAUAUUCAGUUUCCCCAGAGCAGCAUACAGGAUGAACUGAAAACCAGGACCCACUUUUAGAACUUCAUUUAUUUAACACAGAGUAAAAGGGAUAUAAUUUAUUGUUCAGGGAACAUAGUACUUUAAGAGUUGAGGGAAGGACUACUCUUAAGGGUACCUAAGCACCUAAGAAAACCAGUUUUAUUUUUCUAUUUUUUGUUUUUUUGUUUUUUUUUUUUUUUUUGAGUCAGAAUCUCACUGCCACCUGAGCUAGACUUCCAUGGUGUAAUACCUCAUAGCAAUUCAAACUCUUGGUCUCAAGGGAUCCUCUUGCGUAAGCCCCCUGUAUAGCUGCGACUACUGGCACCAACCACAACACCUGGCUAGUUUUUAUAUUUUUAGUAGAGACAAGGUCUUGCUCUUGCUUAGGCUGGUCUCAAACUCGUGAGCUCAAGGAAUCCACCUGCCUUGGCCUCCCAGAUUGCUAGGAUUACAGGUGUGAGCACUGAGUCCGGUGAAGUUUUUCUUUCUUUUUUUUUUUUUUAAUGCCUGUGCUGUGUCUUAUCUCCAAGAGAUUACAAAGUCCUUGAUAAUCUUUAUGGCUACUUAAAGUUCUUGAAAAGUUGAAAACAAAAUUUAAAAGAACUCAUUUCCUUAGUUGCACUAGCCACGUCUCGAGUGCUCAAGAGCCAUAUGUGAAUCAUGGCUACCAAAUCGGACAGCACAAGAAGCAGAACUUUUUGGAAAUAAGGAGUAAUCUCUGUCAUCACUUCCAACGUCCCAAAAAGUUAACGUUGGAGAAUUGGUUUAAAUGACUUUAAAUUUCCCAACACAUAGAAAAAAGUAAUGAUACAUUGAUUUGGAAACUGAAUGAAUGAACUAAUGUGUUAGUCAAAAUGUAUUUCAUCAUUGAAGGUAAUGACAAUUGUAAAGAACUGUUGUCGGCUCUGUGCCUGUGGUUCAAGCAGCUUAGGCGCCAGCCACAUACACCUGAGCUGGCAGGUUCAAAUCCAGCCCAGGCCCGCCAAACAACAAUGACGGCUGCAACCAAAAAAUAGCCAGGUGUUGUGCCAGGCAUCUGUAGUCCCAGUUACUUGGAAGGCAGAGGCAGGAGAAUCGCUUGAGCCCAGGAGUUGGAGGUUGCUGUGAGCUGUGAGGCCAUGGCACUCUACCCAGGGUGACAGCUUGAGGCUGUCUCAAAAAAAAAAAAAAAAACCCAAAAAACAAAAAAACUGAAUUGUCAACCAAAACUUUUUGAAUGUGUGAUUAGAGACAUAAUAACUAAAUACAGAAGGGGCAGAGAAGAAAAGGAAAAGUAUCCUUAGAGUAAGUAGAACUCAGAGGAGGUAAGAACCUUUGUCACUAAGAGUAGAAGAAAAGUAUAACAGGUGAGAGAUGGGACCAGGUGAGUUCCUUGUGAGAUGGCUCCGAGAUAACUCCUUACAUUGUCCACAGACCUGUCACCCACCACAGUUACCAUUUCAAAGAUACCAGAUCCUCUGUAACUUGCUGAAUUGAGACAUGUAAAUUCUAUUAUUUUCCUCAUUCUUCCCACAGUCCUAGGACUGAGACUCUUGGCCUUCUUUAUCUGAAGUUCUCUAGCUUAAUCCCAUAAGGACAUACUAUCCAAAGCAGUAUCUUGCUCAUAGGAAGAGAAGUGGAAAUUUGCCUUGCUGUGGCUGUCUCAGAUUUCAGUAGAAAUCCUGAGUUAUUGAAUAAUUUACUACUUCGGGAUUUUUUUUUUUUUUUUGAGAAAGAGUCUCAGUCACCCUAGGUGGAAUGCCACGGCAUUGUCAUAGCUCACAGCAACCUCAAACUUUUGGGCUCAAGUGAUCCUCUUACCUCACUUUUUCUAUUUUUAGUAGAGAUGGGAUCUCACUCUUGAUCAAGCUGGUCUUUUCCUAAGCUCAAGCAAUCUGCUCGUCUCACCCUCCCAGAGUGCUAGCAUUAUACUCAAUGAGCCACUAUGUCUGGCCUUCAGGAAUAUUUUAAAGUACUAUCACUGGGCAAGGCACUAUUUUACACAUGGGGGAUAGACGGGUAAACAGGGAAAGGAACAACCUUUACAGACCUUACUGGGCGGAGAAAAUAAAAUGAACUAUGUAAUGUCAGGAGGAAGAAAAAUAAUGUCUAGUAUUUGAUAGUAGUGUGUAGGUAAUAAUUGGGGCUUUUA